AUGCUGUCCUCUACAUUAUCUUAUCAUCAAUUUAAUAGAAUGAUUUGGACAUCUAAAAUUAUAGAUAAUCCCUUUAAAGAAAUAAGGAAUCAAGUUAAUAUCGAAAAGUUCGAUUUGUUAAGUUUUUCAGAUACCUCAAAAGAUGAUCUAAAUAAUAAUUUAGAGUUAUUUGCAAAUAAUAUUAUAAAUGCACCUUCUGAAACCAUUAAGCAGCUACAAGCCUUGCACUACCCAGCCACAAUGCCUAAACAAAAACAUGAACCCUAG